CUGCACACAAACCACUUGACAUUUUCUUGGUCCGCUUUCAUAAAAUUGGAUGCUAUCAAUUUGGUCUUUGUCUUCUUGGACUCCAUCGUGAUUUAUUUUUGUCUUUUAUUAGCUUAGCUCUCUUUUCUUGUUUCUCCAUUCAGCAGCCACAACCAGCUACCUGCACCUUUCUCUUCUUCUUCAUAGUUUUUGCAUCCAACUCUUCUUUUGCUUCUGUUAUUGUGUGUGUGUGUGUUGGAUAUGCUCUGUAUCUACCCAAUAGGCUAAUCAUUUGGGUGUUUGGUGGUUGCCCAAAGUUGUGUUUCAGUUCAGGAAGCUAAAAUUUUGGAGACUUUUCUGAUUUCUCCCCUUUGAAGUGCACAUUUCAAAGCAGUGUUCAUUACGGCUCCAUUUGUUUAUUCAAAAAAAAAAAUCCAAUCUUUGUUUACAUUGAGGUUUGCCCAGUUUGUUCAAGAGCCAGAAGUCAAAUGCUGCUAAAAAGUGAGGUUUUGGUUGCUGGUUUUAGCUAAAAGAAGGUGGUUCAUGGGAGGUAGGAGGAGGCUACAUGGUGUGGCAGUGAGAAUCAAGAUUUCAAUUGAAACCCAUAUAGAAGAAGCAUUUUGAGUACCUUUUUGCUCAGUAAGAUAAGCUUGAUAAUGGCAAGGGGAGAGGGAUUUGCAGAAAACCUAAGGGAGAAGCUUGCUCUUGCAAUCAGAAGUAUUGAGUGGAGCUAUGCAAUCUUCUGGACCAUUUCUUCAGCCCAACCAGGGGUUUUGGAAUGGGGUGACGGGUACUAUAAUGGAGAUAUAAAGACGAGGAAAACAGUGCAAGCUGCAGAAACUAGUACCGACCAGCUGGGCUUGCAGAGAACUGAACAUUUGAGGGAGCUUUAUGGAUCUCUCUUAGCGGGGGAAACGGACCUACAUGCCAAGAUACCAUCUGCAGCUUUAUCUCCCGAAGAUCUCACCGAUACAGAGUGGUAUUUCUUGGUUUGCAUGUCAUUCGUGUUCAAUAUUGGCCAGGGGUUGCCAGGAAAGGCCUUAGCGAAGAACCAAACCGUUUGGCUCUGCAACGCUCCCCAGGCAGAUGGAAGAGUAUUUACUCGUACGCUGCUUGCAAAGAGUGCAUGUAUUCAGACUGUUGUGUGUUUUCCACAUUUGGGAGGCGUUAUCGAGCUUGGAGUCACUGAACUUGUUAAAGAGGAUCUCGGCCUCGUUCAACACCUAAAAACCUCCUAUCUCGACAUUCCUUGUCCUAUUGUUCCUGGAGUUCCUAAUUAUAUCUCUACCGAUGAUGGAAAUGACCGAGACAUUGUCAAUAGUAAGCCCAACCAGGACACGCUCGAGGCCAGCCCGAAAGAGGAGAACAUUGAUUCCCCCGACAACAGUUCGAAUGGUUUGGAGGCAGACGAACAAGGCGGGGAUGAAUUUAAGGUGAAAGGUGCAACAGCAGAAGCUUCACAGCCACCAAACUGUCAAAUCGUUGAAGACGAUAUCAGCAAUUGCAUCCAUAAUUCUACGAAUUCGAGUGACUGUAUCUCCCAGAACUAUGAAAACCCCGAAAAGGUUUCUGAUUUUUUAAAUGAUGAAGAGAUGGUGAACCAUUCCCCGCUAGAAAAUCAAGAAUGCAAUCAGGAAAGUUUGGCUCCCUUGGAUAACCGUGGGCAAGGACACGAUGUUCAUUACCAAAGCAUUCUUUCGAGUGUUCUGAAAAGCUCUCAUCAGUUUAUCUUAGGACCAUAUUUUAGGAAUGGCAAUAGAGAAUCGAGUUUUGUUGGUUGGAAGAAGGAAAUAUCAUCCAACAUUCAGACGCUGAGGAUUGAGACUUCACAAAGAUUACUAAAGAAGGUACUCUCGGGAGUGGCAAGAAUGGUAUGCAUCCCCGACGCUAGGAAAGAGGGCGAUGGGAAGAACGACCCUUGUAAACUAGAAGCAGAUGAAAGUGAUAGGAGCCGUGUGGUAUCAGAGAGAAGACGUAGAGAAAAAAUAAACGAAAGAUUCAUGAUUCUUUCAUCAUUGAUCCCCAGUAGUGGCAAGGUUGACAAAGUAUCUAUACUCGACGAGACAAUCGAAUACCUCAAGAAUCUUAAAACACGAGUCUUGGAGGCCGAGUCUCAGAAGGAAGGAUUCGAGCUCAAUGCAAGAAUGGGGAGAAACUGCAAGGACUGCGAUGAUGCCGAGAGGACAUCAGAUAACUGUGGCACUAACAUAAUUGACAACAACAAGAAACCAUCCUCUAAAAAGAGGAAGGCCUGCGAAACAGAAGGAGCCUCCAAGAGUACCGCGAAAAAUGGCUCAGCUUGUGAAGUAGCUGUUAGUGUUACUGAUGAGGAUGUUACGAUUGAGAUAGGGUGCCAGUGGAGCGAGGGCGUGUUGAUUAAAAUCAUACAGGCGUUGAACAAUCUACAUCUGGACUGCGAAACAAUCCAAUCUUCCAAUGGUGAUGACGGGACUCUAUCAGUGAGUGUUAAAUGUAAGAUGAAGGCAUCAAAAUUAACGUCUCCAUCACCAGCCUUGAUUAGGCAAGCACUUAAAAGAGUAAUCUGAACAUUGUUGAAGAUAUCCUCAGCCACGCGAAUCUUGUAAGUUUUACCAGUUUCAAAUCCCUAGUUUGAGUUAGGGAUAAACCUUUGCUUGCAUUUCCACACCAUUGUAUAUGGAAACAUCAAAUACCAGUUGAGGGAAUUGUUUACAGUAAAACAUGUUGAAAAUCCAUCUUCCUCAUGAUUUCUUGGUUUA